AAACAUGAAAAAUCUUAAGGCAAAAGUUUUCGACAAUUUAGAACAAGCAGAAUUGAAUUUACAAGAACAUGAAAACUUUUUGUCUGAGGAACAAGGCAUAUCAAAGUGGCUGAAUGAACUCGAAAAACAAGCUUCAAAAUGCAAGCAAAGUGCUACCUCUUCAUCUGACACAGUAUCACUUGAUGAACAAGAGUCAAGACUUAUUGAAGUUGUAUUUGAAAGGGAUAGUAAAUCUGAAAAAUUGCAAAAUGUUUUAAGAGAUGGAGAGCGUUUAUAUACAUCAACAUCUCCUGAAGGAAGAGAACUUAUUCGUCAGCAGCUUCGUAACGUUAAUGAUCAAUGGGAAAAUAUUAAUUCAACUUUAACAGAUGUUCAACGGAGGCUGGAUGGUGCAAGAGUUCAAGUUACGUCUUAUGAUGAAUCAGCCUCUCAAAGUGCUCAAUGGCUUCAAGAAUCAGAGGCUGCUAUUCGCAAAAUAAUACAGGAGAAGUAUACUACUCUAGACGAGAAAAAAGAAUCUCUUUCAAAUUAUCGUUCCCGUUUUGCUGAUAUUGUAGCAAGGCAGCAUGUAUUUGAUUCAUUAGCUGAGAAGGCAGAAUCUAUCGCUGGCCCGCAAUCUAAAGCAGUUAAGCAAGUUCACAGUCUUAAAAAACAAUACGAUCAUUUAUUGAAUUUAAAUGACAAGACAUUAAAUGGUCUGGCUGAUGUUGUGUCAUUACAUGAAGAAUAUGAAGAAAAACACAGAGGGGGAAAUGAAUGGCUUAAAAAUUGCUUCGAUAAAAUAGGCUCUUGUAAAGAUGUUUCUGGUGACAAGUUUGCUGUUCAGCAUAAAAUAGAGAAAAUAAAGGAAAUAGAUGAACGUAAACACGAAGGAAGUACAUUGGUUCAAGCAGCUAUAACCGCUUCAAAGGCAGUGUUAGACACCACGACUGUCAAUGGUCAAGAUAUAAUAAUGCGAGAAGUUAAUGAUAUGAAGCAUAGCUGGGAAGACUUGAAUGAUACAAUUGAACUAAUAUCGGACAAGCUACAUCGAGCUUUAGCAAAUUGGCAAGUUUAUGAUGAAACUUAUCAGAUUCUCAUGGAUUGGUUAAGAUCAUGUGAAAAUCAAAUUAAAAACCAACAAUUAGGUUCAACUUUGGAAGAAAAGGAAAAGCAACUUGAAGCUUAUAAAAAUAUUCAUCAAGACUUGCUGUCACGUAGAAGUGAAAUGGAUGAAAUUAUAGCUAGCAGUGAAAGGCUAAAGGGUGUUUCAGGAGAAAGUAGAAUUUUACAGUCAACUUCCAUCUUAAGAAAUAAAUAUGAUAACUUACGUGAUGAAGUUGAAGACAUUUGUGAGAAAUAUAAGAAAAUUGUAUCUGAUCACUCUUCGUACAGGGAAAAAUAUUUUAAUUUAACAGACUGGUUAAAAACGUCCAAGGCCAAGCUAGAUAAAGCUAAAUCUCAGGGCGAAACAGAUGAUGUCAAACUAAGAUCACAGAAUUUGGAUCUACUUUUGAAGGAGAGUGAGGUUACAGGUCAAAGUUUACUUCAAAAUGCCCUUUCUGCUGGAGAGCUCUUAUAUUCAGAUACAUCUCAUGAAGGUCGAAAUAAGAUACGCCAACAAUUACGUACUGCCCAAGAAACUUGGGAUGCCUAUCGGUCUGAGUUAAUCUCUUCGCAAAGAUCUCUAACAGCCGUCCAACAAGAAUUAAAAGAAUUACGAGAUUUACAAAAAGAACUUGAUGUAUGGUUUGCAGAAGUAUACAAAGCUUUAGACGGAUUUAAAAAAGGUGCUACUUUACCUGAAAAAAAGCAAAUUGUGGAUGAUUACAAAAUAGUUAUGCAUGACGUUGAUAGCCAUGGCAAAGCUCUUAUGAAGAUUAUGGAAAAAAGUAGAUCUUCAGCAGUUUCGUCCCAUGACUAUGAAUUAACAAAUUUUGUCAAGUUAGCAACGGAAAGAUACGAAAACCUUCUUAUUAAAGCAAGAUCAGCAGUAGAACUGGCAGGGAAAGCCGUUGAAGAUCAUAUAAAGUUUGAAGAAGCUAAGCAAACUGUUGAAGAGUGGCUGAAAGCUGCAAAUGAAACACUGCAAUCUUGUGAACACUUUUCGACUGAUAAAUUGAGUAUAAUCGGAAAGCUGGAAAAAGUUAAUAACUUAUUUAAUUCCAAACACGAAGGGGAAAAUCAGAUUCACGCUUUGAAAAAUAUGUUGCAAACAGUUCAGAGUUCAACUGAUCAAUCAGGCAAGUCUAUAUUUAAAGAGGAGGUAGAAACCGUUGAAAAUUCUUGGAUACAAUUUUUGUGUCAUCUUGAGGAUAUAUUAAACAAACUCAAAGAACAUAAAGAAGAUUGGGAUAAAUUUUCUUUUAUUAAUGAACAAUUAGAAAAAGAACUUAGAGAUAUUGAAAGACAAAUCAGAGAUAUUUCUGUCAGCAACACUUUGGAAGAAAAAAUCAAAUUGAAAAACACUAUAUCGGACCUUUUAGCACAAACCAAACGGCUACAGCCAUCAGUGGAUGAGGUGAAGCAACGUGCUAGGACUUUAUCGGAAGGGUCUCUCAGUACGACUGAUGCUAGAAUAACUACCAGCAUUGAGCAAUUAGGAGAUAGGUAUACAAACCUUAAAGCUAGAAUUGAAGAUGAAGUGAAAAGAUCUCAUGAAAAUGUCAUUGAUCAUGAACUAUUCGAAGUUAAAAUGUCUGACUUUGAGAAAUGGAUAAAGGAAAUAAAGACAAAGUUGAUAAGGCCCGUUUCUGCUGGUUCUUCUCAUCGUUAUGAUUUAGCUGCGAGGCAGAAUAUGCUUAAGGACUUAGUAUCUCAAAUACAAAGUGGUUCAAGCCGUAUGGCUGAUGUUAUUGAAGCUGGAGAAAAGUUAUAUCCACAUACAGCACCUGAGGGAAGAGAAUCGAUUAGACAAAAAAUACGCGCUUUACGAAGUUCGUAUGAGGAUGUGUAUGAUGAAAUUCAUAAACAACAACGUUCUCUCGAAGCAUCUUUUAUUCAAUGGACCUCACUAGAGGAAAGUAUUGAAAAAAUAACUUCCACCCUCAAGAAGAUUGAACAACAAAUGGGCGAGGAGUCCCCUCUCUUUGCAACUCUACAUGAAAAGAGAAGUGAGUUAGUAAAUUUAAGAAGUACAAAUCAUGACCUGACUUCGUUGAUGCGAGUUUUGGAUACAUUAGAAGAAAAAGCUCAAUCUCUACUAGAAACAGAUCCCACGCCCGCAGAAAAUAUAGCCCAACUGCGGAACAAGCAUGAAAGACUUUCUUCUGUUGUGAAGGAAAGACUUAAUUUAUGUGAAAAUUACGUUGAAGACGACGAAAAAUUUCAAAACGCAUUAGCUGAAGCUAAUCAAUGGUUAGCCUCACUAAGGCAAAGAUUAACACUUUGUUCAAAUCCAACUGGUGAUUCUCACGUCAUAAAGAAUAAAUUGGAUAGAUUGCAGGCUCGUUUUGAAACUGAAACUUUCAAGGACGAGGGUCUGAAACGAGUUAACAAUAUUUCUCUCGUUGCUGAAAGAGUCAUUGCUGGAUCGACUGCAAGUGGUAUUAGUGCAAUUAGGCAGCAAGUAUCAGCAUUAAAGAAUGAGUGGGAUUCCAUACAGUCAGAUAUUGUAAAAGCUAAAUCCGAAUUAGAACGCUGUCUUCAACAUUGGACUGUUUAUGAACAAAUUCGAGAUGACUGUAGUCAAACCCUCAGGAAAACGGAAAAUCAGUUGUCUCAAAGUAUGGACCUCGCAGAUAAACGUAUCGAAAAAGAGGAAAUAAGUGAAAAAUUACGAAAUCUACAACAAGAUUUAAGGUCAAAGCAAAUGGAUAUGGAUAAGCUAAGUGAUCAAGCUCAAAUUAUAGCUCGACAAUGUCAAGAAAAAUCUGUUACAAAUUCUACUUCUCGAACAAUGUCAGCUUAUCAAACUUUAUGCCAAAAAGUAAAUGAGUCCUGUGCAAGGUGGAAGCAGUAUGCAAAAGACCAUUGCGAUCUAGAUGAGAAGAUAACAGAGUUUUCAUCUUGGUUAUCAGAAAUUGACGAACAGCUCAGAGAUUGCUCAUCUCCGACUGCUGAUAAAUACUCUGUUCAGAGAAAAUUAGAUAAAUUAGGUCAAUUAGUUGCUCUUAAAACUGAGGGAUCAACUCUUAUUGGUUCACUACACGAUACUGCUCAUUCAGUUUUACCAAAUACUUCUGGGACAGGUAAAGAGGAAAUUCGUGCCUCCGUUCAAAAAUUACAGAAAUCUUGGGAUAUAAUAUUAAAUACUUUAAAUGAAACAAGAACUCGAAUGGAAAAUGCAUCUUCAUUUUGGCUGCUUUAUGAUGAAUCCGCAUCGACUGUUAGAAGAUAUUUAAGGGAAACAGAUAAUAGCUUUAAGCAACUUAUGUCUCACCUACCCUCAAAUUUACACGAAAAGAGAGCUUUAGUUGAUCGUGUUAGACUUGCUCAGGCCAAUGCCAUAGCUCAGCAAAGUAAUGUAGAUACAUUAAUCUCAAGGGGUCGUCUCGUGUCAGAAUGUGUUCAAGAUGACACAAUUUUAAAUGAAGCUGAAAAAUUGGCUAAAGAAUAUGAUAUGAUUUUAGAUACCUUGAGGGAAUACUCUUCAAAGUCUGAAAGGUUUGUUAACGAUCAUGAGAAAUUUGAACAAUCACUAACAGACGCUCAUUCCUGGAUUCAAUCCACCUCUCAACAACUAUCAGAAUGUCGGGACUUGUGCACUGAUAGAUUAACUCUGCAUACAAGAUUUAAUAAAGCCAAGGAAUUAACUCAAAUGAAGAGCAUAGGACAUGAAAAAGUAACUAAAGUUGAGGACACGGCAGCUGCUGUUCUCCAAAAUACAUCUCAAUCUGGAAAGGAUGCAGUAGAACAGCAAUUAACAGAGCUUAAAAAUUUACUCAAUAGGUUGGAUAAAGACGUAGAAGAAACUGCAAUAAAAACAGAGCAAGCAGCAAAUAGUUGGACAGAGGUUAGUGACGACCUAGAAAAUAUGUCCACUUGGUUGAACGAAGCCGAUACUAAAUUAAAAAGCGAACAGCAAAGCAAAACAACAUUGAACGAAAAAUCUUCUUCAGUUAACCGCCUCAGUGAUCUACUAGCAGAUGUAGAAGGCAAACAAGUCAAUAUUGAACAAAUUUCAGAGAAAGCACACUCAGAACUAGCUGGAGAUACAAAGCUAACUUCGAAAGUUUCACACUUAGCUGCAAGACAUUCUAUUUUACAAACGCAUGUGACAGAUGCAUUGAAGCGAUCCCAACAGCAUGUUUCUGAUCACGAACAGUUUGAGAAAGCUCUUAAGGAGGCUCAAGCAAGUCUUUCACAUGUUGAAAAUAAACUAGACUCAAUAGAGAAGAAUUUAGAAACAGACGAUAGGGCUUUCAUAGCUGCUCAGUUGGAUCGUUUAACACAUUUGCAAAAUAAUGAACGAGAUGUCUCAGGAAAGAUACGUUGCGUUCAUACUUGGGCAGACAAAACUAUGGCAACUACAGCGCCUCAUGGGCGUGAGGAUAUCAGAUCAAAAAUUGACCUACUGCAAAAAAAUUGGGAUGUUGUAACUGAGAGGUUAUCAGACAUUAGGGUUUCUUUAGAUAAUCGACAUUCUCAAUGGACAAGCUAUGAAGACUCAAAAGCAGCUAUAAUAAAAUGGAUAAAAGAGACUGAGCGUCGGCUUCUUCAAAUAGGGGAUGAUACAAAGCCAGAAGUUGGAGAAAAGAAGAGCCAUAUUCAUUCCAUUAAGUCUGUUCAACAUGAUAUAACGGCUUAUAGUCCAGUCUUAGAGUCUUUUUCUCAAAAAUGCUCAAAUUUAUCAAAAAUUGAAACAACCUUAGAUCCUCAAUCAGACUAUGAAUCUCUAAAAGAUCGUGUUACGAAUAUUUUAAAUCGACUCGAGAAUGAACUUCAAGAUCAUGAGGCAUUUGAAGAAUGCUCCGCUCGUUAUAGAUUAUGGAUUAGAACUGCCAGAGAGCAUUUAGCUGCUUGUGUGGAUUGUUUCGGAGAUCGUGCAUCUAUAUUGUCUAAACAAGAAAAAGUCCGGAGUAUUUCUGUCUCUCUUGAAGAAGGAAGGUGUCUAUUACUUAAAGCCGAUGAGGCAUGUAGGAAUGUUAAACCUAAAAAUUCCAUAACUGUUAAACACGAAGUUGAGACAAUGAAAAGAGAAUUUGAAGAUCUGGAAGAAAAUGUUCGAUCAGCAGCAGCAGAACUCGAAGCCUGCUGGAAUAAAUGGGAACAAUUUGAAAGUUCACACCAAUCUCUUUCGGCUUGGUUGUCUGAUAAACACAAUGAAAUGCAAGAUUUAGAUUCUGCUUCAGGUUCUGACCUACAGGAGAAGGAGAAAAUAUCUGAAGAAAAGUCAAAACUACGAGAGGAUGUACUGCAUUAUCAGUCAGAGCUGGAUAAACUUAAUUCGGCUGCAGCAAGUCUUCUUGCUUCUUCAUCUGAUACAAGAGCUUCACAUGUUAGCACUCAAUUCACUUCCAGAUAUCAAAAUCUACUUGCAGCUACUACAGAAAGAGCUAGAAUUUCUCAAAUGCAAACUGAAAAUCACAGACGCUAUGAUGAAUACUUAUCAGAGGCCCGGAACUGGGUUGAUAAUGGAUUAGUAAAAUUGGAAAGUGUCACGCUUCAUGAAAGUCGUCGUAAUUUAGAAAAUCAGACAGCUAUCUUGAGAGAAUUAGUAGCGAACAUGGAACAAGGAAGCAGAAAAUUAAGAAAUGCUUUGGAGCAAGGAGAGAAAAUUAUGUCUGAAACCAGCGUACCUGGACAGGCUAUUAUCAAGGAAAAAAUCAGUAACUUACAGUCAGAUUUCGAAACACUUAGACAAAACGUUUCUUCAACCAAAUCUGAAAUUGAGACCAAAGCCAGCCAUUGGAUAAGUUUUGAAAAAUCUAUCGAUCAACUUCAAAUUUCGUUGCGAGAUGCUCACAAAAGGAGUUCAAUGAUAUCCUUACCAAUUGACUUAGAUAAUAUGAAAAUAGAAUUAGAAAAAGUGAAAACCCUUCAACAUGAUGUUGAUGUCUAUUCUCGCCAAGCUGAAACCCUUAGAAAUAAAAUAGAUAAUCUAGGCAAAGUGCCAGAGGAAAUCGAAAGUAUGAUUGAAGAAUUUAACCAAGUUAGGGAUGAUGUUGGGGAGAAACUAACUAUCAUUACGGAAAUGGUAAACAUGCAUAAAGCUUAUAAAAAUGAAUUCAAAACUAUUCUAGAAUGGGUAACUAAUGUGAAACUAGAACUUCAAAGACUCGAUACCCCUUCAGCCACGACUCUAGGUGAAAUCGAGACACGGCAACAGGAACUGGAAAGCCUCAGAGAUAAUUUAGAAGAGGGAGACAAACGUUACACUAAAAUUAUAUCAUUGAGUGAGGAUGUUUUUGGAAGAACAUCAAAAGAAGGACAGAAAAGGUUAACAAAUGAACUCAAUUCAUUGAAAGAUGAAAUAGAUUCUCUUCAUGUUUUAUCUAAGAGAAUUGACGAAAAUCUAAUAACUUGUCGAGGAUACUAUGAAGCAUUUAAGGAUGCAAACUUAGAUUUUGACACUUGGCUUUGCGACUCUGAAGAUAAAGUAAAAACUAUAGCUCCUUCCUCUCCGAAUUUAUCCAUUGAUCAACAAAGAGACUUAGAUAGUGUGCUGGAGGAUAUUUGCAACCACGAGAAUCAAUUAGAUGAUUUACGGGAGAAAUGUGAAACUAUAAUUGCAGAAGGAGCUGAUCCCAGUCAAUUAAAUGGGGUUCUUCAGCUAGCUGCUCGAUAUCAUUCUUUAAAAACAACUGUUAAGGAUGGUGCCCGAAAGGCUCAUGAUGCUCUUCGAGACGAAAAGUCUUUUAGAGUAGCCGUGGAAGAAUGCAAAGCUUGGCUCCAAUUAGAAUUGGACAAAAUACGAAAGAUACGCAAUACAACUGAUGGAUCUUGGGACGAACUAGACUCCAAGCUUCAAAUUACCACCAGAGUAAUGAGUGAACAAGAUGAAGGACUGCGGAAAGUACAAUAUGUUGUGGAAAAUGGUCAAAAGUUAUUAUCUUACUUGCCAAUUGGUCAACAAAAGGCUAGAAUAGAAAGAGAAAUGGCUGAUAUUUCAGAUACUUGGGAUGAACUACAAACUGAAUUGAAGACAACUACCGAGAAUCUAAAGCUAGCUCGAUCCAAAUGGAGCACUUACGACGAUGAACAUGCUCAACUUUUAGAUUGGUUACCUAAAGCUGAAAAGGAAAUCGAGCUAUUGUCGCAACCCGCAGCAGAUUUAUCGGAAAAGAAGACUCAAGUAGAGCGCUCUAAAGUAUUUAUAAAAGAAAUCGAGGAUCAAGAAAUUCGAUUAGCAAAGAUAAAAGCUACGACACAUUCUCUUAAUGAGAACGAAAACGUAAGACAAAAUGUAUUAGAUAUGGCAGACAAAUUACAACGUGUUCGGACACAAGCCUCUUCAAUUUCCGAAGGACUACUUAAAGCUUAUGAAACUCACCUAGAGUACAGAAAUGAGUUGAAUGACUUUCAACGCUGGUUACUAAAUAUAUCGGGAAGAAUUGGGGAAAUUAAUACUUUAGGCGCUGCAACAUCCUUACCUAAAGCCGAACAACAGUUAAAUAGGCAAGAUGUUAUUUCCACAGAAAUUUCUGCACAAGCUGAUACUUUAGAUUUCUUACAAGAGAAAGCGAACAGUUUAUGUGUUAUUAGUACAAACCAUCCCAAUUUUGUCUCGUCCAUUAAAACUCAGAUAAAUGAGAUUGAGGAGAGUUUAGAAGCGUUAGAUUCAACUUCUUCUGGAUUAAAGAAUCGCCUGAACUCAUGUGUCAAGAAAUGGAGAGAACAUUCGUCCUUAUUGGGAAACUGCAAUGAUUUUAUUGAUCAAGAAGUUCUUGUUUGGUGUGAGACUCACUCUGAUGCUCUUAUAACAGAUGUAUCAGUAAUUCAAAAAGAGUUAGCUCAAGCUCAGAAUUUCUACAGCAAGUUAAGAAAUUACAGAGAACAACUAAAUAAUUUGGUUCGAGCUGCGUAUACAGCUGCUCCAGCAAAUGCCAUAUUUAGCGAGUCUUCUUUGGAAGAAACUGGUUUAAAUCGUAAUCUGUUGACAGCUAUGACUAAACUCGAAAACGAAAUUGAAAAGCGAAAAGGUAUUUUGUUGAAAUGGGAAAAUGCAGACGAAUUCAAGAACAAUUUGUUAGAGUGGUUGUCAACAAAACGAAGUGAAUUGAAAGAAAUUAGCUCAAAGAAAGCAAAGUUGCAUAGGCACGCUGCCCAGCUUGAUUUAUCAAAACUUCAAGAUGUCAGAAGUGAAUUAGUCGAUCGACGACGAGCAAUAGAUGACUUAACAAUACAGUAUGAUCAAAUUGAAAGCAAUUCAUCUGAAUCAAAUCAAGUGAGAGAAAAAUACCAUGACUUGAUAGAAGAUGUCGAGGCUACAUUGAAUGCGAGAACGAAACUAAUGAAUGAUACAAGUUCUUAUGAGGAUCUUCGCAGUGAUGUUGCCUGCGCUCUGGACUCAAUUGUAACUGAUACAGAAAGAAUAUCAAAACACUCACAACCUCUUAAAAAUAGGGUAGAACAUCUAGAGAGAACAUUUCAGUAUUUAUCCGAACAAGAAGCAAGUAUAGAUAUAUUAAAAGAUCUAGCUGGAGUAAUUAAGAAUCAAGUUAGUUCUCAUGAUGGCAUUUUGGUAGACGAAAGAGUAUCAGAUUUAGAUAGAAAAGCAGUGGAUUGCAAAGCUAAAAUUGAAAAGAACUUGAACAAUUAUCAGAAAAUUGUUGUUGAAUAUGAUAGUGUUACAAAGAAACUGGAGGCUUUGUGUGCUUGGCUAAAUGUUACUGAAGCAACCGUUGAGUCUAUGGAACCUAUGGGAAGUUCUCCAAAUGAUGUUCAACUAGUUCUUGAUGCUCUGGAAGCUUUAGAAAACGAAAUUAUUGAGAAAAAACAAGAGGUCAUUCAAGCUGGAGAAUCUCCUAUUCUAUUAGAAUUAGGGUCUGCCGAGAGAACAAUGAUACAACAGCGUUUAGACAAUCAGAUCACCCAGCAUUCUAAUUUAAUGAUGAGCGUGGCAGAUAAGAAACGACAGUUACUAAAUGCUCUUACUUACCUCAAAGGAUUUCAAAUAGAAAUGAAAUCUUUUGAGGAUUGGUUGGUCAAUUCAAGAAAUUUGCUGUUUAAAGCCAAAAAUCCUCAAUCAGUUACUGAACAGGCUAAUCUAAUGAAAACUAUUCUAGAUGAUAUAAAAGAUCAUAAAAUUCUAAUCGAAAAAUUACAGAGAGACACUGCUACUAUAGCAUCACUCUGUUCUGUAGAAAAGCGAGAAGAUUUAUUGAAUCGCCUGCAGCAGAUGAAUGAUCAGUAUGAUGAACUUAAGUGUUUAGCUGAAGAGAGUACUCUAGAAAACAAAAAAUCUCUAAACAGCCUAAAGUCUAUUUCUGGAGAUGUUGAAACUGUUCAUAAAUGGUUAGAAGAAACAAGCUCUAAUUUAAAACCCCUAGUAAUAGAAAACAUUAACGUAGGCUCUCUUGAAUCUGAUAAACAAUAUCAUGAUAAUCUCCUUCGUACGGCUGAUGAAAUGAUGACGGCUCUAGAUUCUAUCAGAGACAGAGCUUCCGAAAUUAAUGGUUCUCAAAGAUUCGAGAUUCUUGAAAGCAUUGGAAACGAAUAUGAGAAUGUUGAAUAUCUAAAAUCCACCUUAGAGCAGAGAAAAGCAGAUAUUGAACGGGCUUUGCAUACUCACUCUCAAACAGAAGGCAAAAUUACAGAAGUGCAACAAAUUUUAAUUGGCAAAUUAAAUGAGCUAACAAAACUUUCAAAAGCUCCCAUAGGGCCCAGUCAAGAAAGUGCUCGUCGACUUCUUAUUCAAGCAGAGAGACUGGAAAGGGAAUUAAGAGAUUAUAAACCUCAAGUUGAGGAGACAGUUAGUUCUUUAUCGGAAUUUUCGAAGGGAGGACACCAACGAACAGAACAGGAAAUGACAAAACUUGUUAAACUCAGUAGCGAUGUAGAAAAUGCUUGCGAACAGCUUCUGUCGAAAUUUAAAAGUGCGGCAGCUCUACGAAGGACAUAUGCCGAACAUAGAGGAGAGAUUGAAACAGUUAUCGAUCAAAUGUAUCAACAAAUUGAGGCUGUAGAAUAUGAAGGUGUUCCUGUUCACACAAAAUUAGAUCGAUAUGAAGCUGUCCUUGAAACAAUAGCCGCAAAAGAUCCACAAUUAGGAAUAUUACAAGAUCGAGGAGAGCAAAUUAAAGCUGAUGGAACAGUAGCUGAUAAGGAUGUAAUAUCGUCUCAAAUGGAGACCUUGCAAAAGAAAAUGUCUGACUUGAAAAGUAAUGCCGAGGAGAGGGGUAGAUCUGUCCGAUUUGUUAUAUCAGAAAGAGAAGAGAGAGAUCAGGCUCUAACCAAUGAUAUAUCUUGGCUGGAGGACAAGUUAAAACGUUUACAAAAACAAACACCAUUACCAAUUGAUUUGGCAGAGGCAAUUGCAGACAGAGAAAUAUUUGAAAAACGCGUCUCUGAAAUAGAAUAUCGAUUAGAAGAUGUUGUAAUAAAAGGGCAAACUCAAAAGAAUCAUUUUGAAAACCUUAAUGAAAUGGUUCCUUUAGACAUUCGUGAUAAAUUAGAAGAAAUUGAAACCAUUCAGAGAGAACUGACAGAUAGUGUCGCUGAAAAAAGAAAAUAUUUAGACAAUGCAUGUCUGUUACGAAAAUCAUUUGAGGAAAUGUUUUCAAAUAUAAGGGAUUGGGUUAGACAAUCUGAAGCUAUUGUUAGAUCAACAAACAGCACUUUAGAAAUGGUAAGACCUGUGAUUGGAAAUCAAAUUGUUAAAGAAGCUGAGAUAAAGUCAUUAGAAGAGGUUGCUAAUCAACUGACUAGGUCAUUGGACCUCAACGAUUCUCAAACUAUUAAUGAAAUGGUAGAGGGUAUGCGUGACAGAAUCAAAUCUGCUGUUGAAAGUGCAAAGGAAAAAGAAAGACAACUCGAGACUGAGAAUAAAUCUAAUAAGACUUUCUCAGAACUACUAAACCAAGUAAAAUCAACAAAUAAAGAUUGUGAAGAUAAAUUGAAAAAGUGUUCAACUCUCCAUUCCCCAUCGAGUGCAGAGCAUGCUAAAAAUCUGGCUUUGGAAUGGCAAGAAGCAGUUGACUUUAUAACUCAGUAUUCGCCCCUGGUAGAACGGUUAAAGUCCUCCGCAGCUGAACUACGGUCACAUUUAAGCGAAAAUGAGCUUCAAGAUUAUUUAUCAGCUAUUAAAACUUGGAAUGCAAUUCUUAAUCAAGUUGGAGAGGGUAAAGAUGCAGCAGAUCAGUUGGCAAGCGAAUGGAAAGAUUGGAACAGCGAUACAGACGAAAUAACUACUUCACUCAAAGAUAUUGAUUCUCUUUUAACUACAGAUAUUCAAAAUAUAGACAUGAAUGAAUUAACUGAACAGUUUUAUAAGAUAAAACAGGCAGAGAGAAAUAUUAUUAGCAUGGAGCCGAAAAUACGAGAUUUAAAAGUGAAUGCUCAAUCCUUGAUAGGAAAAUUCUCAGAUAAUAAUGACUCCCAAGACAUAUUACAAAAUAAACUGAUGACUGUUUUGGCUUCUUACGAGGAAAAUAAGGAAAACGUUAAAGAAAAUUUGAAUACACUGGAAGCUGCACUGGCGGAGAGAGACAAUGUGAAAAAAGCAUUGUAUACGAUUAAGCAAUCACUAGACACCAUUCAAUUGAAAUUGCAUCAACUAUCGAUAUCAAGAGGUUUGAAGCCAAAAGAUAAACUAGAACGACAGCAAACUUUGGAAAGUGAAAUGAAAGAAAAGAUGAAAAAUUACCAUGCUGCAGUAGACAGGACCAAUAUUCCCAUGGAACUUGUAGAAGAAGCUAAGUCAAUAGAAGAAAAAUACCUAGAAGUUUGUAAAGCUAUUGAAAACACUCAAAACGAUUUAAAAGAUGUUCAAACUAUUCAAAGUGAAUUUGAAACACGAUUUCAAAAUGUGAAACUAUGGUUAGAGAAUGCCAGUAAAACCUUAUCACAGCCACCAUCUGAUGUGUUGAAAUCAGUCGAUGAUGUUGAUGAAUUAAUGUCAGAAUUCCCUAAAUUUGAAAUUGAGUUUGAAGAAUUAAACGCAAAAGCUAAUAUUUUACUGAAGAGUGCUUCUCCACUCGCGAAGUUACCCUUAGAGAGGUCGAUGGCAGAUAUUAGUGACAAGUGGAAAGUCAUAAAGUCAGCAGCUGAGAAGCAGCUAAAGGAAGCAAAGGAAACGAAAGAUGCAUAUGAAACAUCAGAAAAUCUAGCAAAUGAGUUUGAAAUAUGGCUCGCGAAUGUCGAAAGUUCAACAACGCCUUUUGAAGAUUGGAAAAACUCAAACGAACUACAAAAUAAGUCAGCUCAAGUAAAAAGAGCAAUAGUAGAAGUCAGUAAUCGCUCAGAAGAUAUAAACAAACUUCAACUUGCUCUUGAGCGGCUGCAAAGACAACCCCAAUCGUUGGAUGUUAUAGAAAGGCUCCAGAAUAUUGACAAGAAAUACUCUGUCUUACAAACUACUCUCCCUGAAAAAUUGUCAGCUAUGGAAUCAUGGAAGGACUGUCAGAAAGAUUUAACAAGUGUUACGAGUGCGUUUAACGAUUUACAAAAAACAAUGUCAAAUUCUGUUUUAGAAGAAGCUCCUGCUGUUGAAAAACUUAAAGUGAAGCAACAUCAAUUGAUAGAAGUAAAUAAGCAGCUAGAUGCACUUGCUAUAGCACAAAGAAAAGAAAGAGAUGCGAGAAGCAAAAUGAGGUGUGAUAAUCCAUCUCCGUUAUGUGGGCCACUCAUAGCAGAACUAAAGGAACUGAAGGAUCAACUUAACAAUGAUUGCCGAUCCUUAAGAACACAAAGUACAAAAGAAACGGCUAAAGUGAGAGAGAUUGAUGAUUUGAAAACGAAACUUGCUCAAGCAGAAGCAACCCUUCGAAAGAAAACUUCUGGUGGAGAGAAAGUGCCAAAAUCUCUUGAUGACAUUCGCAAAGAAAUUGCUGAAACUCAAGAACUAACACGCCAAGUGAAGGCUCUAAAAGAUCGUAUUUCCACUGUUAGUAAUAGAAUGUUGUAUUUGCCCUAUGGUACUAGUGCAAAUUCUACCCCUAGAGAUACCCCAUAUUACAUGAGUAGUGAACCUUCAUCUCGCAGUAGUACUCCUAGUUUGACAUCUCUUGAUAAGGGCAAACUUGACUAUAAUCAUUUAUUCCCUAUUAAGCCUUCAUAUGACUUUCAUGUAAUCAAAGACAACCCAUUAUCCCUUUCUGGUACGGUGUUUGAAUUAACAGAGGAAAUUAAUAAAUCAUUUGAAAAUCAAAUUUCCGAACCGAUUAUAACUAUGAGCAAACUGGAUGACCCUUCUUCAAUAGAAAAAGUAAAUAGUGCUAAAGAUAUUAUUUUCGACUCUUCUGAUUUGCUACCAGCAAAUAAUGAAUUUCUGAUUAUAGUGGAAACUUCUAAUUCAAUUGAUAAAGUUAUUUUUGAGCAAAACGAUUCAAAGUGCUCUGAAAUAAUUCUCGACAAUAAAUAUCAGGGAAAAAGUGAUGUUAAAGGUAACAAAUUACAAAAGGAGGAUAAAAAUACUGAAGGUCCCAGAGAACAGCAAAACACUCAAAACUCCAUAAAUAACGGAUAUAACUUAAAAUGUACUCACUCUGUAUCAACAACUCAUGAACAUUCUUUCUCUAAGGAGGAAAGUUUACAACCGAAACACAAAUUUAGUGAAGACUCAACUGAUUCCGACGAUUAUGAAAGCUUCUCUUCAGAUUCAAUAUAUUUUAGUCCCAACAGAAGUAGAAGAAGUACUUUAGAGGAAUUAACUUUUAGUAUUAAUGACAAUAUUACUAAAAAUUCACCAUCUGGAGAUGAAAAUAUAAUGUAUAAAGUUCAGAAUAAUUCAUUAAUCUUAUCUUCACCACUCGAUUUGUCCGAGGACAUUAGUUUCCUGCCGGAAGUAGAAUUUAAUAAAGCAAAAGAAGAAAACAUCCCCGAAAUAAGAUGGACUAAAGCAGUAAUGAGCUUUCCAAUAUAUGAUGCCGAUGAUGAGUAUGAAGAGAGUAGUCGUUCGUCUAGUCAAAACACUCAUCUCAGUAGUAAAAGCAGCCCAGAGCUGGCUGUUUCUGAAAAAUGUUCGGAUUUAGCAACAGAAGAAUACAAAAUUGAUGAUGUUGAAAUUUUAAAUGAAAAUAGUUGCGAUGAAAGCAACGACGCAAGCGGCACAACAAAUACUAUAAAUAAAAUAAUAGAUUUAGAAGUAUUUGAAUCGCCUGUUCUAACUGAUACUGGUUACUUUAGCGAAAAAUCUUUAAAUGAAUAUAAUGAAAAAACUACAUCAAGUUUAGUAGGUGGCACAGAAAUAUUAAAUGAAAUAACAAUUGAAAAAAUCCUAGAAUCAACCAAACUCAAUACUACAAAUGAAAAGGACGAACUAACAAUGUAUCCAAUUCAAACUGUAGUAGCAAAUAGUGAACCCAAUGAAAAUGAACUUGCAAAUGCGAGACAAAUAAUUACGGAUAUUAAUAUUGAGACAGACCUUGAAUCAUUAACAUUUCAAUUAGCUGAAAAGCAAUCUAAACCACUGCCUAACAUUGAACUAUCAGUACACAGUAGAGCCUAUCUUGAAUAUCCACCCAAAGAAGAUGGCUUGUUUCAUAAACCGGAUAAAGACAGUUUAUAUAAGGAGUUAGAAUUGUUGCAAAAAGAACUUAUAAAUCGACCACAAUGCAUAAUUGAAGUAGAAAUUGAAGAAAGUUUAGAAUCGAAAGUAACAAAUCCAGUAGAAGAUGAAAAUGCUUCCAGUAGACAACUCUUUAUUCCAGUAUCAAGUAUGCAUAUAGAACUAGACAAGGAUCCGCUAAAAGCUGAUUCUUCUCAUGAAUACCAAUCAAUUAAAUGGAAUACCAAAAAUGACUCUAAAGAAAAUAUACUCCCGGAAGACCAAAAUUAUACUCUGGACAAUCCAAGUCUAACUGAUACAAUAGAAUUGUUUCGAAAACAAAACUUGACUGAUAUUCAGGUAGCAGCUGCACUAACAAUGGAAACAUUUUUAGAAUCAACAAUGUUCAGUUUACAUGAAGGUAAAAAAAAUCCAGUGAAAGAAUGCCCCAUUGAUAUAUUGACCUCUAAAGGUAAUUCUGAAGAAAGUGCUUCAAGCGUCAUGGUAUGCUAUACGCCUGAUGACAAAAACUAUGGCAAUGAAAUUGAAUUGAUGCAAGCACUACCUAAAUCACAUAUAGCAAAUGAGCUGAGUAUUGUAUCAAAUCUACAAUCAACAGUAUUUAAGACAUUAGAUAACAACGUAACUUUAAAAAAAGAACACACGCCAUCAGAUGAGUCGUAUUUUGAACUUGAUAACAAGAGUUAUUUGAAACAGAUGGAACCAAUAAGAGAAAAGGACCUAACUGAUAAAUAUAUAUCGACCGAAUUAAUGAUAGAAACAAAUUUAGAAUCAACAGUAUUCCAUUCAAUGGAAUAUGAGAACAACUUACUAAAGGAAGCCGCCACUAGAAAAGGUGGAAAAUAUGACUUAGAGUAUGUCUCAACCGAUGAAUGUUGUGUACCAACAUUUGGUAUAAUAAAACCAACUGAUGAAAUUGCAUUGAUACGUGGAUAUCAUCAAUUAUUCAAUACACAUUUGACUACUGAAGUUACUGUUGUAAUACAUCUAGAAUCAACAAUGUUUAAAGCAGAGAGUAGAGACCAUACUAGAACUCAGAAUUUCGCUAAGGAAUUUUCGUCUAUCGAAAGUGCCCUGGAAGAAAGUAUAUCAAGAGACGAAUUGUACUUUACACAAGAUAAAGACAGCUUCUCUGGUGACAGAGAACUAAUACAAAUCACCCAUGAAACAUCUGUUUUGUCAGAGCUUGCUGUUGAAACACAUUUAGAACCAACAUCAUUUAAUACAAUAGAUAUUUACAAUGAUAGUGCAACAAAAUAUCUGAAAAAAGCAGCUUUGACUGACGAAGGAAAUUUUGAGAAAGACAAAUCUAAUGAAUGCAACACAACUAAAAUUAAAUUUGAACAAACUCAAAAGUUAUCAAAAGCCAGCAUAAAGGAAUUAAAAUUGUUACAAAAAGAACUUUCAAAUCGACCACAAUGCAUAAUUGAAGUAAACAUUGCAGAAAGUUUAGAAUCGAGAGUAACAAAUCCAGUAGAAGAUGAAAAUGCUUCCAGUAGACAACUCUUUAUUCCAGCAUCAUGUAUGCACAUAGAACUAGAAAAGGAAGAGUUAACUGACGAGUCGUUUUUUACACCGGAUAGUCAAAGUAUAAUUAAUGCAAUAGAAUUAUUGCAGAGGUACCUAUCUGAAACUUGUACAAUAACCAAAGUCUUAAUCGAAUCAUACCUGGAGUCAACAAGUUUUAAUCAAAUGGACAAUUUCAAUAAUCUAUCACAAGAAGACUUGACACACAUUAAAAGUGAAGGUGAAGGCGGGAACUUAUAUCUAACACCUGAUAAAGAAAGUAUAGCGGGAGAAUUGGCAGUAUUACAAAAACAAGAGUUGAAUGAAGCAAGUACAAUAAAUGAUUUAAUAAUUGAAACACAUCUAGAAUCAAGAACUAUUAAUUCAGUUGAUAACGGGCAUGCCAGUUCAGAAUUGACAGAAUUUCAUGUAAAUGAUAAUUGUGAUACUACAAAAAGUGAAGUGUUCCUUACUCAAGACGAUAUAAAGUUGGUUGAAGAAAUCGAAUUGCUUAAAAACGAAUUCUCAUCUGGAAAUAAAAUAAUUAAUGAGUUAACAUUAAAAGUUAAUUUAGAAACAACUACAUUUCCUUUACUGGAAACUGAAAGUAAUACACGAAAAAACUUCCUUCCUAUUUCAUUGACUGAAGACACUGAUAGCGAAAAAGCUACUUCAGAGAAUAUAUACCUCUCCUUUGAGUCGAAAAAACACGGCUCCGCUGAAGAUUUAUCAUGGAUUGAAGGUGACUUAGAAAGAGAAGAAAAUAUUGACCAUGUUGAAUAUUUAAUCCAAACUAGGCAUGGAAGCAUAUCACAAACUGGAGAUAACAAGACACAGAUAUAUUGUAAUCCCAACCCUAAUUUUUUUAAUUUUGAGCUAGCUAUGCUGGAAUGUUUGAAUAAGAAAGAUGUAAUUGUAAAAGCUACAAUAGAAACACAUUUGGAAUCUAUGAGAUUUGUAUUAUCUGACGAAGAAGUAGAAAUGUUAAAGGAACGAAUUCGAACUGUAACGAAUAAUAGUCAAAUGACACGCAUUGAAAAGCCGUCAAAGCAGGAAAGUAAGGAACUUUUCGUACCAGUUUACUUCGUUUCAGAAAUAAAUUUGGAGUCAACCAAGUUUGAGGAAGUUAGAACAAAUUCUCCUAUCACAGCAGAAAUACUUUGUAAGAAAAGUUUUCAGUCCCCUGAUAUUCACUCUGAAGAUCAUGAGUUUUCGAAACGAUAUCCAACCAGCAUAUUUUCUCCAAAAAAGAAAAUAAUUUUCAAUGAAAAAAUGCAGCUCUUUCCUGAAUUGGGAAAAAAACAAGAAGUAUUACGAAUUGCCACAGAAACAUACCUUCAAUCAACAAAAUUUAAGGAUUCACAGAAAAAUUUAGAAGAUACAAUAUCUUCAAGCUCUACAAAGGAAACGAAACAAGCAUCACACAACAAAAAUACAGAGAAGGAGAUAUCAAGAGAAACAAGCUUAGAAUCUACAAAGUUGAAUCCCAGUGAAGAACAUACAUCUAUGGAGAGUUUUAAUAAUAACCGUAAAGAGGAUAAUGAAUUUUUUAUGCCAGAGAGUACGAUCACUAAUUUUAGACACGAAAAACUUAGAGCAGUAGAAAUUACUACUAUUCUUGAAUCAGUAUGUAUAACUGCCCCUAAAAAUGAUGGUGACAGUGACAUUACGCCAAGGAACAUAGAUGAAAAUAUAUCUCAAUCUCCAACUAAAAUCAGUCAAAAUUUAAAUACAUUUACAUCAUCAUAUAUUGUAAAUAUCGAAGACGUUUUAAAAGAGACUGAAAGGAAUAACGUCAUUUUCUUAAUCCAAACAAAAACCAAUCUUGAAUCUAAACAUUUGGCAGUUAAUAUUAAUAUGCACGAGGAGCAUUUCUCACAAAAUUUAUACUUCAUUCAAGAAGGUGCUACACCGAAACGAGAAAAUGAGAUAUAUCUCAAAUCUAAAAUAUCGAAUAUAAGCAGCAAAGAAGAAAUCAUUGAAAGCAUUAAGCCAGUUGGAUACUUACUGCAGUUAUCUUUAAUUGUAACCCUUGAGCCAACAAGCUUCACGAUCCAUGAUAUUGCCAAUACCUCUUUUAAACAAAAACAAGAUAAAGUUCCAGAAUAUGAAUCAUCAAAAAGUGACGAUUUCGAGAAAAGCGAAGUCUUUUUCACGCCAUCAAUGUCGAACAUAAAGAGCGAAUUGGAAUUUAUUGAAAGUCAAACAAAAACCAAAAGUCUAAUAGAAAUAAACCAAUUUUCCAAUCUUGAACCAACAUGUUUUAAGAUCAAUAACAUUGAAUAUGACUACUGCAAAAACAUUCACAAAGAUGUUGAAAAAGAUGCCAAACAAUUUUCGCCGAAAACAACAAACCUACAUAACGAAAUUCAGUGUUUUCAAAGCGAGCCACAAUCGAGAAACUUGAUACAAAUCUCAGCAAUUACCAAUCUUCAGUCAACUCAUUUCCAGACGCACACCUCAAAACACACAAACGAUGAUCAUCAAAAGUACAAGUCAACAGAACUCAAAGAUUCCAAUAAAAUUAAAACAUUUCCUUCAAAUCCAGACAUCCAUUGCAAACAUAACGAUUACAUCAACGAAAUAACGCACGUUACUCAUCUUGAAUCAAAAAAUUUCAAGAAAAGUGAAUAUCAUGAUAUCUCAUUUGUUAAGAAAGGCUAUGAUGUUCUGGAAGAUGAAACAACAGAAACAAAAAAUUGUGAAGAAAGUGAAAGGUUCUUUAUACCUCGAUCAUCAAGUGUAUUAGACGAACUUGAAUGUUUCGAAAGCGUGUCAAAAACGAGUAACUUAAUCGCAGUAUCGAAUGCCACUAAUCUCGAAUCUAUAUAUUUCAAGAGUAGUGAUUUCGAAAGUGAAAUCUCUGAAACACCAAAAGAUAAGGUUAUAGAAAAUGAAUCAAAAGAUACCGAAAGUCACACAGACGAGGAAACUUUCCUUACCCCAAAAUCAUCAAGUGAAAUUAGCGAAUUACAAUUCUAUCAAAGCGACAUAACAAAUGAAAUCGUCAGAGAAAUAACGCACGUUACUCAACUUGAAUCAACACAUUUCAAGAAAAAUGAUAUUGAUGAUAUCUCAUUCGUUAAGAAAAGUAAUGACGUUCCGGAAGCUGAAACAACAGAAACAAAAGAUUGUGAUGAAAGUGAAAGGUUCUUUACACCUCGAUCAUCAAGUGUAUUAGACGAACUUGAAUGUUUCGAAAUCGAGUCAAACACGUGUAUCUUAAUCGAAGCUUCAAAUGCCACUAAUCUCGAAUCGACAUAUUUCAAAAAGGGUGACUUCGAGAGUGAAAUCUCUGAAACAGCAAAAGAUGAGGUUAUAGAAAAUGAAUCAAAAGAUACCGAAGGUCACACAGACGAGGAAACUUUCCUUACCCCAAAAUCAUCGAGUAGAAUUAGCGAAAUACAAUUCUAUCAAAGCGAGAUAACAAAUAAAAACGUCACAGAAAUAACGCACGUUACUCAUCUUGAAUCAACACAUUUCAUGAAAAAUGACAUUGAUGAUAUCUCAUUCGUUAAGAAAAGUAAUGAUGUUCCGGUAGCAGAAACAACACAAACAAAAGACUGUGAAGAAAGUGAAAGGUUCUUUACACCUCGAUCAUCAAGUGUAUUAGACGACGUUGAAUAUUUCGAAAGCGUGUCAAAAACGAGUAACUUAAUCGCAAUAUCGAAUGCCACUAAUCUCGAAUCGACAAAUUUCAAAAAGGGUGACUUCGAGAGUGUAAUCUCUGAAACACCAAAAGAUGAGGUUAUAGAAAAUGAUUCAAAAGAUACCGAAAGUCACACAGACAAGGAAACUUUCCUUACCCCAAAAUCAUCAAGUGAAAUUUGUGAAUUACAAUUCUAUCAAAGCGAGAUAACAAAUAAAAACGUCACAGAAAUAACGCACACGACUCAACUGGAAUCAACACAUUUCAUGAAAAAUGACAUUGAUGAUAUCUCAUUCGUUAAGAAGAGCAAUGAUGUUCCAGAAGCAGAAACAACACAAACAAAAGACUGUGAAGAAAGUGAAAGGUUCUUUACACCUCGAUCAUCAAGUUCAUUAGACGAAUUUGAAUGUUUCGAAAACGUGUCAAAAACGAGUACCUUAAUCGAAGCAUCGAAUACUACCAAUUUCGAAUCGAAACACUUCAAGAAAAGUGAUCACGAGAGUGAAAUUUGUGAAAUGUCAAAACAUCAGGUUCAAGAAAAUCAAUCGAAAGAAUCUGAAAAUUACACAGAAAAUGAAGCUUUCAUUACCCCAAAAUUAUCAAGCGCAAUAAGCGAAUUACAAUUCUAUCAAAGCGAGAUAACAAAUGAAAUCGUCAAAGAAAUAAUGCACACUACUCAACUUGAAUCAACAUAUUUCAAGAAAAAUGACAUUGAUGACAUCUCAUUCUCUAGUCAAGACAAUUAUGUUUUGAAAGCUGAAACCACAAAUACAAAACAUUCAGAUGAAAAGGAAGCAUUUCUAUCUCCUCGAGCAUCAAGUCAUUUUGAGAGUGAAAGCUCCAAAACACCAAAAAAUGAGCUUCAAGAAAAGGAAUCGAAACAAAGCGAAGGUUACACAGAAGAUGAAACAUUCCUCACCUCAAAAUCAUCAACUGAAAUUAGCGAAUUACAAUUCUUUAAAAGCGAGAUAAUAACUCAAAACGUCACAGAAAUAACGCACACGACUCAACUGGAAUCAACACAUUUCAUGAAAAAUGACAUUGAUGAUAUCUCAUUCGUUAAGAAGAGCAAUGAUGUUCCAGAAGCAGAAACAACACAAACAAAAGACUGUGAAGAAAGUGAAAGGUUCUUUACACCUCGAUCAUCAAGUUCAUUAGACGAAUUUGAAUGUUUCGAAAACGUGUCAAAAACGAGUACCUUAAUCGAAGCAUCGAAUACUACCAAUUUCGAAUCGAAACACUUCAAGAAAAGUGAUCACGAGAGUGAAAUUUGUGAAAUGUCAAAACAUCAGGUUCAAGAAAAUCAAUCGAAAGAAUCUGAAAAUUACACAGAAAAUGAAGCUUUCAUUACCCCAAAAUUAUCAAGCGCAAUAAGCGAAUUACAAUUCUAUCAAAGCGACAUAACAAAUGAAAUCGUCAGAGAAAUAACGCACGUUACUCAACUUGAAUCAACACAUUUCAAGAAAAAUGAUAUUGAUGAUAUCUCAUUCGUUAAGAAAAGUAAUGACGUUCCGGAAGCUGAAACAACAGAAACAAAAGAUUGUGAUGAAAGUGAAAGGUUCUUUACACCUCGAUCAUCAAGUGUAUUAGACGAACUUGAAUGUUUCGAAAUCGAGUCAAACACAUGUAUCUUAAUCGAAGCUUCGAAUGUCACUAAUCUCGAAUCGACAUAUUUCAAAAAGGGUGACUUCGAGACUGAAAUUGUUGAAACAUCAAAAGAUGAGGUUAUAGAAAAUGAUUCAAAAGAUAAUGAAGGUCACCGAGAAGAGGAAACUUUCCUUACCCCAAAAUCAUCAAGUGAAAUUUGUGAAUUACAAUUCUAUCAAAGCCAGAAAACAACUGAAAACGUCACAGAAAUAACCCAUACAACUCAACUGGAAUCAACACAUUUCAGGAAAAUUGACAUUGAUGAUAUAUCAUUUGUUAAUAAAAGUAAUGAUGUUCUGGCAGCUGAAACAAUAGAAACAAAAGAUUGUGAAGAGGUUGAAAGUUUCUUUACAUCUGGAUCAUCAAAUGUAUUAGACGACGUUGAAUAUUUUGAAAGCGACUCAAACACGUGUAUCUUAAUCGAAGCUUCGAAUGCCACUAAUCUCGAAUCGACAAAUUUCAAGAAGGGUGACUUCGAGAGUAUAAUCUCUGAAACACCAAAAGAUGAGGUUAUAGAAAAUGAAUCAAAAGAUACCGAAAGUCACACAGACGAGGAAACUUUCCUUACCCCAAAAUCAUCAAGUGAAAUUAGCGAAUUACAAUUCUAUCAAAGCGACAUAACAAAUGAAAUCGUCAGAGAAAUAACGCACGUUACUCAACUUGAAUCAACACAUUUCAAGAAAAAUGAUAUUGAUGAUAUCUCAUUCGUUACGAAAAGUAAUGACGUUCCGGAAGCUGAAACAACAGAAACAAAAGAUUGUGAUGAAAGUGAAAGGUUCUUUACACCUCGAUCAUCAAGUGUAUUAGACGACGUUGAAUAUUUUGAAAGCGACUCAAACACGUGUAUCUUAAUCGAAGCUUCGAAUGCCACUAAUCUCGAAUCGACAAAUUUAAAAAAGGGUGACUUAGAGAGUGUAAUCUCUGAAACACCAAAAGAUGAGGUUAUAGAAAACGAAUCAAAAGCUACCGAGGGAAUAGAAAGGGAAGAUAAGGAAGAGACCAAAGAUUCCUUUGUACCUAGAACAUCAAAUAUCAGUGAAGAAAUAAAAAAAGACUUAAGCAAAAUAAAACAUGAAAACGUAACGGAACUUAUACUUUCAACGAAUCUUGAGUCACCAUCCUUCAUAAUUUGUGAAAUUGAGAAGAACAAUGUUUAUAAAGAGAUGUUCAAUGACAAAGAAGAAAAGAAAGAAAACCAGAAUUUCCCUUCACUUACAGUGUUCAAUGAUGAAUUAGAAUGCAAACAAUACUUGGAAGAUAGCGAAAAUCUUCUUCAAAUUAUGAUUACUACGCAAAUGGAGUCCACAGUUUUUGAAGCAGAAGAUAAUAUAAACCACAUAGAAGAGCAACGACACGAUAUUCCUUUAGAUGAGAAAAGUAUUUCUGAAGACGAUGAAAUCUGCAAAGAUUCGUCAUAUAUUACUCCAGAGAAUGAUUCUUUCAAUGAUGAAUUAGAAUGCAAGGAAUACUUGGAAGACGGGGAAAGUCUUCUUCAAAUUAUAGUCACUACGCAAAUGGAGUCCACAGUUUUUAAUACGGGAGAUAGUAAAACCCACAUUGAAGAGCAACAACAAGAUAUUCCUUCAGAGGACAAAAGAAUUCCAGAAGACGAUGAAAUCGCCAAAGAUUCGUCAUAUAUUAAUCCACAAAAAGAUUCUUUCAAUGAUGAUUUAGAAUGCAAGGAAUUCUUGGAAGAUGGCGAAAGUCUGCUUCAAAUUAUGGUCACUACGAAAAUGGAGCCCACAGUUUUUAAUACGGGAGAUAGUAAAAGCCACAUUGAAGAGCAACAACAAGAUAUUCCUUCAGAUGAAAAAAGCAUUCAUAAAGACGAUGAAAUCGCCAAAGAUUCGUCAUAUAUUACUCCACAAAAAGAUUCUUUCAAUGAUGAUUUAGAAUGCAAGGAAUUCUUGGAAGAUGGCGAAAGUCUACUUCAAAUUAUGGUCGCUACGCAAAUGGAGUCCACGGUUUUUGAAGCAGAAGAUAAUAUAAACCACAUUGCAGAACAACAACACGAUAUUCCUUUAGAUGAGAAAAGCAUUCAUAAAGACGAUGAAAUCGCCAAUGAAGCGUCAUAUAUUACUCCAGAUAAAGAUUCUUUAAAUGAUGAAUUUGAAUGGAAGGAAUACUUGGAAGAUGGCGAAAGUCCUCUUCAAAUUAUGGUCACUACGCAAAUGGAGUCCACAGUUUUUGAAGCAGAAGAUAAUAUAAACCACAUUGCAGAACAACAACACGAUAUUCCUUUAGAUGAGAAAAGCAUUCAUAAAGACGAUGAAAUCGCCAAUGAAGCGUCAUAUAUUACUCCAGAUAAAGAUUCUUUAAAUGAUGAAUUUGAAUGGAAGGAAUACUUGGAAGAUGGCGAAAGUCCUCUUCAAAUUAUGGUCACUACGCAAAUGGAGUCCACAGUUUUUGAAGCAGAAGACAAUAAAAACCACUUUGAAGAACAACAACACGUUAUUCCUUUAGAUAAAAAAAGCAUUCAUAAAGACGAUGAAAUCGCCAAUGAAGCGUCAUAUAUUACUCCAGAUAAAGAUUCUUUCAAUGAUGAAUUAGAAUGUAAGGAAUACUUGGAAGAUGGCGAAAGUCUUCUCCAAAUGAUAGUCGUUACGCAACUGGAGUCCACAGUUUUUGAAGCAGAAGAUAGUAAAAACCACAUUGCCGAACAACAGCACGAUAUUCCUUUAGAUGAGAAAAGCAUUCAUAAAGACGAUGAAAUCGCCAAUGAAGCGUCAUAUAUUACUCCAGAUAAAGAUUCUUUGAAUGAUGAGUUAGAAUGUAAGGAAUACUUGGCAGAUGGCGAAAAUCUUCUUCAAAUGAUGGUCGUUACGCAACUGGAGUCCACAGUUUUUGAAGCAGAAGAUAGUAAAAACCACAUUGCCGAACAACAGCACGAUAUUCCUUUAGAUGAGAAAAGCAUUCAUAAAGACGAUGAAAUCGCCAAUGAAGCGUCAUAUAUUUCUCCAGAUAAAGAUUCUUUAAAUGAUGAAUUAGAAUGCAAGGAAUACUUGGAUGACGGCGAAAGUCUUCUUCAAAUUAUGGUCACUACGCAAAUGGAGUCCACAGUUUUUGAAGCAGAAGAUAAUAUAAACCACAUUGCAGAACAACAACACGAUAUUCCUUUAGAUGAAAAAAGCAUUCAUAAAGACGAUGAAAUCGCCAAUGAAGCGUCAUAUAUUACUCCAGAUAAAGAUUCUUUGAAUGAUGAGUUAGAAUGUAAGGAAUACUUGGCAGAUGGCGAAAAUCUUCUUCAAAUGAUGGUCGUUACGCAACUGGAGUCCACAGUUUUUGAAGCAGAAGAUAGUAAAAACCACAUUGCCGAACAACAGCACGAUAUUCCUUUAGAUGAAAAAAGCAUUCAUAAAGACGAUGAUUUCACGAAAGAUUCAUCAUAUAUUACUCCACAAAAAGAUUCUUUCAAUGAUGAUUUAGAAUGCAAGGAAUACUUGGAAGACGGCGAAAGUCUUCUUCAAAUUAUGGUCACUACGCAAAUGGAGUCCACAGUUUUUGAAGCAGAAGAUAAUAUAAACCACAUUGCAGAACAACAUCACGAUAUUCCUUUAGAUGAAAAAAGCAUUCAUAAAGACGAUGAAAUCGCCAAUGAAGCGUCAUAUGUUACUCCAGAUAAAGAUUCUUUGAAUGAUGAAUUAGAAUGUAAGGAAUACUUGGCAGAUGGCGAUAAUCUUCUUCAAAUGAUAGUCGUUACGCAACUGGAGUCCACAGUUUUUGAAGCAGAAGAUAAUAUAAACCACAUUGAAGAACAACGACACGAUAUUCCUUUAGAUGAGAAAAGCAUUCAUAAAGACGGUGAAAUCGCCAAUGAAGCGUCAUAUAUUUCUCCAGAUAAAGAUUCUUUAAAUGAUGAAUUUGAAUGGAAGGAAUACUUGGAAGAUGGCGAAAGUCCUCUUCAAAUUAUGGUCACUACGCAAAUGGAGUCCACAGUUUUUGAAGCAGAAGACAAUAAAAACCACUUUGAAGAACAACAACACGAUAUUCCUUUAGAUAAAAAAAGCAUUCAUAAAGACGAUGAAAUCGCCAAUGAAGCGUCAUAUAUUACUCCAGAUAAAGAUUCUUUCAAUGAUGAAUUAGAAUGUAAGGAAUACUUGGAAGAUGGCGAAAGUCUUCUUCAAAUGAUAGUCGUUACGCAACUGGAGUCCACAGUUUUUGAAGCAGAAGAUAGUAAAAACCACAUUGCCGAACAACAGCACGAUAUUCCUUUAGAUGAAAAAAGCAUUCAUAAAGACGAUGAUUUCACGAAAGAUUCAUCAUAUAUUACGCCACAAAAAGAUUCUUUCAAUGAUGAUUUAGAAUGCAAGGAAUACUUGGAAGACGGCGAAAGUCUUCUUCAAAUUAUGGUCACUACGCAAAUGGAGUCCACAGUUUUUGAAGCAGAAGAUAAUAUAAACCACAUUGCAGAACAACAACACGAUAUUCCUUUAGAUGAGAAAAGCAUUCAUAAAGACGAUGAAAUCGCCAAUGAAGCGUCAUAUAUUUCUCCAGAUAAAGAUUCUUUAAAUGAUGAAUUAGAAUGCAAGGAAUACUUGGAUGACGGCGAAAGUCUUCUUCAAAUUAUGGUCACUACGCAAAUGGAGUCCACAGUUUUUGAAGCAGAAGAUAAUAUAAACCACAUUGCAGAACAACAACACGAUAUUCCUUUAGAUGAGAAAAGCAUUCAUAAAGACGAUGAAAUCGCCAAUGAAGCGUCAUAUAUUACUCCAGAUAAAGAUUCUUUCAAUGAUGAAUUAGAAUGUAAGGAAUACUUGGAAGAUGGCGAAAGUCUUCUUCAAAUGAUAGUCGUUACGCAACUGGAGUCCACAGUUUUUGAAGCAGAAGAUAGUAAAAACCACAUUGCCGAACAACAGCACGAUAUUCCUUUAGAUGAAAAAAGCAUUCAUAAAGACGAUGAUUUCACGAAAGAUUCAUCAUAUAUUACUCCACAAAAAGAUUCUUUCAAUGAUGAUUUAGAAUGCAAGGAAUACUUGGAAGACGGCGAAAGUCUUCUUCAAAUUAUGGUCACUACGCAAAUGGAGUCCACAGUUUUUGAAGCAGAAGAUAAUAUAAACCACAUUGCAGAACAACAUCACGAUAUUCCUUUAGAUGAAAAAAGCAUUCAUAAAGACGAUGAAAUCGCCAAUGAAGCGUCAUAUGUUACUCCAGAUAAAGAUUCUUUGAAUGAUGAAUUAGAAUGUAAGGAAUACUUGGCAGAUGGCGAUAAUCUUCUUCAAAUGAUAGUCGUUACGCAACUGGAGUCCACAGUUUUUGAAGCAGAAGAUAAUAUAAACCACAUUGAAGAACAACGACACGAUAUUCCUUUAGAUGAGAAAAGCAUUCAUAAAGACGGUGAAAUCGCCAAUGAAGCGUCAUAUAUUUCUCCAGAUAAAGAUUCUUUAAAUGAUGAAUUUGAAUGGAAGGAAUACUUGGAAGAUGGCGAAAGUCCUCUUCAAAUUAUGGUCACUACGCAAAUGGAGUCCACAGUUUUUGAAGCAGAAGACAAUAAAAACCACUUUGAAGAACAACAACACGAUAUUCCUUUAGAUAAAAAAAGCAUUCAUAAAGACGAUGAAAUCGCCAAUGAAGCGUCAUAUAUUACUCCAGAUAAAGAUUCUUUCAAUGAUGAAUUAGAAUGUAAGGAAUACUUGGAAGAUGGCGAAAGUCUUCUUCAAAUGAUAGUCGUUACGCAACUGGAGUCCACAGUUUUUGAAGCAGAAGAUAGUAAAAACCACAUUGCCGAACAACAGCACGAUAUUCCUUUAGAUGAAAAAAGCAUUCAUAAAGACGAUGAUUUCACGAAAGAUUCAUCAUAUAUUACGCCACAAAAAGAUUCUUUCAAUGAUGAUUUAGAAUGCAAGGAAUACUUGGAAGACGGCGAAAGUCUUCUUCAAAUUAUGGUCACUACGCAAAUGGAGUCCACAGUUUUUGAAGCAGAAGAUAAUAUAAACCACAUUGCAGAACAACAACACGAUAUUCCUUUAGAUGAGAAAAGCAUUCAUAAAGACGAUGAAAUCGCCAAUGAAGCGUCAUAUAUUUCUCCAGAUAAAGAUUCUUUAAAUGAUGAAUUAGAAUGCAAGGAAUACUUGGAUGACGGCGAAAGUCUUCUUCAAAUUAUGGUCACUACGCAAAUGGAGUCCACAGUUUUUGAAGCAGAAGAUAAUAUAAACCACAUUGCAGAACAACAACACGAUAUUCCUUUAGAUGAGAAAAGCAUUCAUAAAGACGAUGAAAUCGCCAAUGAAGCGUCAUAUAUUACUCCAGAUAAAGAUUCUUUCAAUGAUGAAUUAGAAUGUAAGGAAUACUUGGAAGAUGGCGAAAGUCUUCUUCAAAUGAUAGUCGUUACGCAACUGGAGUCCACAGUUUUUGAAGCAGAAGAUAGUAAAAACCACAUUGCCGAACAACAGCACGAUAUUCCUUUAGAUGAAAAAAGCAUUCAUAAAGACGAUGAUUUCACGAAAGAUUCAUCAUAUAUUACGCCACAAAAAGAUUCUUUCAAUGAUGAUUUAGAAUGCAAGGAAUACUUGGAAGACGGCGAAAGUCUUCUUCAAAUUAUGGUCACUACGCAAAUGGAGUCCACAGUUUUUGAAGCAGAAGAUAAUAUAAACCACAUUGCAGAACAACAACACGAUAUUCCUGUAAAUGAAAAAAGUAGAAUAAAAGAAUACUUGGAAGAUGGCGAAAGUCUUCUUCAAAUUGUUUUAUCCACGCAAUUAGAAACCACCUGUUUUCAUGAGGAAAAGAAUGUUGAACAUAACAUUCCAAGAAGCAAAAUGGAAAAUGAUGUAGAAAAAAUUCAUAGUGUUUUCGAGGAAAAUAGAGAGAAUUUUGUAGGAGCGAUAUAUUUAGAGUUUUUUAGUGAAACACCUAAUAUUGAAGUGAAAAAAUGUUUUUUAAGCUCUCCAGUAAUCUCAACGAUUUCGGAUUUAUCGCUUUAUAAAGCAAGUAUUUUGCCGUCUUCUCCUUUCGUUUCUGAAUGCGCUGAAUUUACAACUGGAUGCGAUAAUUUCUUCUGUCUACAAGAUACAUCAAUGAAUUUAGAAAGUCAACUGAAUUUUUAUGACUCUUCCUGCAUUGUUAGAGAGAAUGACUUUGACGAAUCUUAUGCUAGUGAUUCAAUUAAUGAGCCGGAACAGACGUUUUCAGAAUUUUAUGAUCGAAUUUCUCAGGCAAGAGGUUUUUUUGGCGUAUAUUUUCGAAGAAAAAACAUUUCUAAGGGACCUUCAUAUGAAAUUACUGAAAUAAUGGAAGACGCAAAGGAAUAUAAUGUAAACAACGAGUCAGAAUCAUCUUCAGUGGAUUCAGAAGGACCUGAUAUUGAAUCAAAAGGUGCAGACAGUUCAAAAGUUGAGGGGGAUGUAAAUGAACAAAAUAUGAAAUUCGGAGAUCUUCAAGAAAAUAUGCUUGAAAAAACCAAAAAACCUACUUUUGAUAUUGAACAUGCUAGUGCUCAAAUCAAUAAAGAGAACAAUCUGUCUAACAUUAGUCAAACAAAAGUUGAAAGAAGCUCCACAAAUUUAUCUUCUGAGAACCAGGAAUCAGGACUAGUCGAAUUGAACGAGAACGAAUAUGACGAAACUAAGCUUGAAUCUGCCUUCAAGCCAUUUAACACAGCACAUUUCAUCCCUAGUGUACUGUAUUCGAAACUACUAGAAAUUAAAUGUUUAGCUGAUAAAUUUUCGCAAGGCGCAAAUAGUCAAGAAACAGAUUGUACUGAACUUUGUGCUAACAGAGAAAAGUUAUUUGCGCCGGAAAAUGAUAUUUCUGAAAAUGCACGCAAGAUUGAGAAAGAUAAUUCGAAAAAGCUUAAUGUUUCCACUAAAAGUCAUGAAGAAAAUAAACUUUCUGAAUCUGGCCAAAAAAUUAAAGAAGUAACGGAAAUUCAUAGUUUCUCUCCAAUAUUCACAGACAAAGAAACUGAAAUUAAUCUAUAUAAAAGUGUCGAAUCAAGUAUUGAUAUUGAAAAUUUAAUCUAUAAUAGUACUAUUAACAAUUCUGAUAAAUUAAGUACUAUCAGGUCACAGGACACACAAUCUUAUCAGAUAGAUAGCUCUGAUGUAUCACCCAUAGAAAUAUCUGUACAUUCAACUGAAAAUGCGAGAUCCUCUGGAACUGAUCCUACUUUCUAUGAGCAAAAAGAGAACAUCAGAGACUUUCUACAGCAAUCAAAUGCCUUAAAAGUAACAAAAGAGUGCCCUAAAAGCAUAGUCACAGCUGAAAUAUCUAAUUUCGCAUUGGAUCAAAGUGAAACUGAUAUGGAAGUAGAAGAAAUUAUGGGUGAAGUAGGAAAUAAGAACGAGAAGUUACUUUAUCCAAAUAACUCUUCACUUCAAGAAUUAGAGAAUUCUUGUAGUGAGCUUGAAUCCCAGCUUGCAGAAAGAGAUGCCGAACUACAAAAACAACUGAUACAGUACGAGUCCCUCGAAACUGCUCAACUUAAUCUGGAUGAAAAAUUGGAGUAUGUUAAAGAUAUUUUAAAUAGAGUAGAGUCUUUUCCAACAUCUACAAGCAAUGAAGAGAUAGACAGAGCUCUAGAUGAGCUAAGGAAUGCUCAAUCAGAUCUAAAAGCUAUGCAAGAUGUCAGUCAAAUCAUUGCUGAAAAAUCAGAAGACACUCAGGUCAAUGAAACUAUGCUAUCCUCCUUGUCAUUAACAGAGAAAAAGUUUAAACAUUUACAAGACAAAGCAGAUGAAUUGAACAAUAGCCUAAAACUUACGAAACAGCAAAAGCAGGAGCAUGAAAAUGCGCUAGAGGAAUACAUGAGUGAUUUAAAAGAAUACGAAAAUUGGCUGGCCGAGGAAAAAACAAAGUCUCAUUCAUUGCCUAUAAAUCCUACAGAAGAAGACUUAGAAUCAGUGAAACAAAAUCAACGGGACCUGGCGAAUAAUUUGCUGAUUCUAGAUGAAUUUGCUAUAAGAUGUGAACAAUUACAAGAAAAUGCCACACCAGCACAAGAACAAACUCUCAAGCUGCGGUUAGCUGAAUUACAAAACGCAACAUCCGAACUGCAACUUGAGGCUUGCACAAGACAGGAAGAAAUUCAAACUGCUCUUGUUGUAUCGAAUAGGCUGAAAGAUGAUCUAAAAAAUUUUGAACAAUCUGAAGAAACGCUUAAGAGAUGGGUAGAAAAGAGUCGAAAGAACGAACCCGUUGGAGAAAGCACGCUUUAUGUUGAAAAUCAAGAUAAUGAUAUCAGAGAGAAACUGCAAGAAGAACUAAUUCAGCAUCAAAACUUUGUUAAGCAAUUCACGGAAGAUGCAAAAAAGGUUUUAAAAGAUGAAUGGCAAGAGGAAAUUGAUGAACCUGAGGUAAAAAUGCGAGCUCUAUCUUUGAAAUUGGCAGAGAAAAGGCGUUAUUUAGAUGAAAUUCUCGCUCAAAAUACUGUACCAAUAUUACAACCAUUUGUGACUCCAAAUAUUCCCGAACUAAUAAAUGAAACCGGAUUAGAGUUGUCAAAUGCAGUUGACGAGAGUAUAGCAAUUCUAAAAGCUUGCUUAUCCGACGUUCAAUCUCACGCUGAUAGUAGUCAACAAGCUCGGUUACAGCAUGUUGAAAAAUUGCAAAAGGCUUAUGGCAAAACAUUAGAAACAAUGACUGAAUGGCUAGAUCAUGUCCAACCAAUCGUUCUAUCCUCAGCUAGCGAUGAUGAAGAUGAUGUAGAUGAACAGUUGAAACAUUUCCAUGGCAACAUGGAUGUUGUUCAAGCAGUUUGCGACCAAUUGCAAAGCACCUCACCCAGGGUCCGUGAAAACCUCACGUCUUUAGAUGAUUUAACAGCCAGAGUAGAAGCAUUAGAGGAAAGAGCAGAUACCAAAGAUAAAAUAAAAAGAGAAAGAGAGAGAGAAAAAUCUAGAUUGAAAGAUGCAAUGGAACAGGUUCAAAAGGAUUUAAUAGACCUCCGACGGCAAUACGCCGAAACACUAAGACGAGAAUCUCCUCUUGAACGUCAGAGAGAGGAAAUAGAAGAGCUAGAUAGAAAAGCACUAAAUUUUGAGCAAAAGAUAAAUGAAUUUACUGAAAAUGACUGCACCCCAACUCCUGAGCUCACUUCCUUGCAAUCGCAUUGUCUUGAGUUGCAGCAACAAGCAGUAGAAACUCGAGCUUAUUUGAAUAAAGCGUCGUCUCUUCAGAAUCAAUACGAGCAAGUUUUGCAAGAAUUAUCCGACUUCGUUGAAACAGCUCAAUCUAAACUUGCAACCUCCCAGGUCCCUUGCCGUUCUGUGUCUCUCCUUAAGGAAAAUAAGCAACACCACAAUGAAUUUUUUAAGAAUCUUUCAUCCCAUUGUUCAAUCUUGGAUAACCUUAGUCAAAGUGUCGAUAUUUCGACAAGAAACCGUCAUAGGAAAUGGCACGAGAAAGUUCUCGACGAAGCUCGUCUCAUUGAAGAAAAGGCUGGUGCAAGGGCUGCCCUGUUAGAUAAGUUAAUAAGAGACUGGACAAAAUUAGAGAAAAACGUGAAACAACUUCAGACUGUUUUAAAAUUCCAAAAAGACAGAUUAACUAAAUAUGAAGACAGUGUUCAAUCACCAAGUCAAUCAGCCUAUAGUGCAAAAGUUGCUUGCGAUGUCCAUAGAGUUUUGUACGAUCGCCAUUCAGAAUUAAUGGCAACAUUAGGAAUUGGUAAGGAAUUGUUAGAGAAAAUUAGCUGCCAAACUUUGAAUAUAGAGUUGAAUGAACUAGGAGAGGAUUGGAAUGAUACAAUGAAAAUGGCUGACAACCUACAUCAACGCUUAGCAAAUGUUGUUGAUGCCAGAAACGAAUGGCAAAGAGAAAUUAGUGGUUUUGAAAAUUGGUUAAUAACAGCCUCUACUAGAAUGGAAAGUCUGAAAAGCACUCCAAUGGAGUAUAUGAUUGAUACAUCAAUGAACAGGCUUCUCACUCUAAAGCAACAAGUAUCAGCCAGAGUUGAAGAUCACCAACGCCUAGAUGAAUUAACAAUGAAUCUACUUUGCUAUGAACCACCAGAUUAUGAUAAAAUUGAAAGUAGAACCAUUAGAGUAAAAGAAGAGUGGGGCAAACUAAAAAUGGAUUUACAACAGCUGGAAAGUCUAGCUCACAUGAGCAGAACCUCAAGAUUACCAACAGAAAGAGCUCUAGACCAUGUUUUGACAACAUUGUCUGACAUUGAAAAAUAUCUAAACUCAAUACAUGGAAGUUCUGUGUCAACCAGACAGGAACUAGGCUCAAUUAUUGAGAAACUGAAUGAAACCAGAGUUGAACUAGAAAGUCGACAAGGUGCUGUUGAUUUAGUAAAUGACAAAGCAACAUCUGAUCUGGAUAAUGAUAAAAUAGCAGAAAACAUCGGUGAAAUGAACAAUUCUUAUGGUCUCAUGAGUGCAAGAAUCAAAGAGGCCAUUACAAUGCUGAAUUCAGUAGAUGCCGUUUGGAAGGGUGUGGAGGAGGAUGUUUUAUCUCUCGAAUCUUUUUUCAAUGAAGAAAUGGAUCGCUUAAAGAGACGCCGAGCAGCUAUUAGAAAGGCAGAUAGUGUCAUGGCUGGACUAAAAGACGCAAGGCAAGUUCUUGAUUCUCUUAGAGAUAAGGAAUCAAGAAUCGAAGAUCUUAGAAAUAAAGCUAAAGAAGUAGUUGAUAAAGCAGCAGAAACAGAAAUAGUCAUUAUAAAAGAUUUGAAAGUUGUUGACACACUCUCAAACAAAUGGCUAGAAGUUGCACGAAGAGCUAAGGAGGAGGAAAGAGAUCUUCAUGAAAUUUUUGACUUAUGGUUAUCCCAUGAUGAUAAUGAGCAAGCUUGCAACGCGAUUGUCUCACACGCUGAAUAUGCAACUGAGCGCUUUACAGAAGCAUCAGGGGACGCAUCAAGCUUAGCCCUUCAACUGAAACAAGUAGAAAACGCACUAGAAGAUUCAAACAGAGCACCGAUCAACGAUUUAGCAUCAACUGUUAACAAACUGGUAAAUAUCGUGCCUCCUGAAAUUGCAAUCGAAAUACGAGAAGGUGUAAGCUCAGUCAGGGAAAGACACACUCAUGCUUGUCGAAUUUUAGCAGAAAGAAUACACCGUUGGAAGAGUAUACUAUCAAUAUGGCAUACUCUUGAAAUUGACACAAGUAGAUUCGAGAAUGAGUUUGAAACGACCAGGCAUGAUAUCGCCCAAUUGUUAGUAAAUUGUCAUGGUGCGAAUGGUGAACUUGAAGUUUAUUUAGGAAGCUGCAUUACACUAAAAAAUCGACUAGAUAAAUUGAAGACUGAGUGUGAACAAUUAUUAAGAUCAGCCUCUCAAAUGGAAAUUGAAAGAACUACAAGAGCUCGUUUGAUAGGUCGCUUUGAAGAAAAAUUGGGCCAGAUUACUGAGUCCAAGCAUCAAAUUGAAAGAGCGAAAGACAAGCUGCAAACCAAUACUGAGAAUGUUAUCCAUAUCAAAAACGAGCUUGAUAUGAUUGAACAACAAAUAAGUGACUGUGAGAGUCAUGUCGAUGAUGACUCCGGAGUAGAAAUUUUAAAGUUUUUGGAAAACGACAUUGAAUCUCUUACUGGAAAAUUAUAUAGAACAGCUCUGAGUGAAGAGGAUACUGCCAGAGCAAGAAAAACACUUUCUAAAUGGCAUGGUCUAAAAGCAGCCGUUAACCAAGCUUACAAGAAAAGGAUGGAGGAAGUAAAUGCCUCUACUAAGUUUACAAAUAAGUGCGAAGAUUGGCUUCAAACAUUAUCCGAAGCUGAAAGACAACUGGCUAAUCCUAUUGCUUAUACCAAUUUUAAUGACUUAAAAAGACAAGCAAGCGAGGCAAGAAGUUGGAAUAAUCAAUUGGCCAGCCGGCAAAGUGCCUUCCAUUCAAUUGUGGCGGACGCUGAAGUUGCAAACUUAGAGGAAAGUAAAAUUGAUUUAAUGAAAGAACAGUGGGCUUCAGUCAUCCUUAGAGCAGAUGAAAGACACCGGCUUAUUGAUGAAGCUGUAUGUAAAUGGAAUAGCUUUGAAGAUUGUAAAGACAAGCUGUCAACUUCUCUGAAAAAAUUAAAUGACGAAUUGAACAUGAUGCUUGCUGCAAAAAGUCCAUCCUUGCAGUCUCUUCAAGUCAACUUACAAACCCUACAGCGAGUAUCAUUUCACAUCGAACAACUGGAUGUUCUUACAUGCGUACGCGUUGUUGGUCGAGCUUUAUUAGGCUCAUCAUAUUGGCUAGAGACACAUGAAAGGGAUCUUGCUGGCCAUCAUCAACUUUAUGACAGAGUGCAGAAUCUCGGCCAAGAACUUGGUCAGAUUUACGAGACAGGGAUUUUACAAACAGAAUGGUUGGAAGCUCUCGAGAAAGUUGACCAGAAGAAACAAGAUAUCCACCUUGCUCUCCGUAAUUGGAAUAAUGCAAAUGAAUCUCUAGAUGAAAUGCUGUCAUGGUUAAGAAGAGUCAGAACUACUCUCUCACAGAAAAUGCCUGAAGAUCAUGAUACUCUUCGUUCUUCUUUACAUGAAUGUGAUGAUCUAGCAGCUGCAUUCAUCGCUGCUCAGGGUAGAUUAGACCUGGUUCGCCAUGAUAUCGCAGAGGUAGCUGUAAACGCUUCACCAGAAGAGAUUGCCGUGUUAAAUGCUAGAUCGGAUCUUCUUGAGAAACAGUGGAAAGAAUUAAAAAACCAAGUAGAAGAUAGAAAAAGUCUAAUACAAGAUAGGCUAGCCAAAUGGACGAACUGGAAUCAAGAAGUCAAAGAUACAUGCGAUAGAAUGGAUGAGCUUCAAACAAGGAUUUUUAGUGUUUGUAAGCAUAGUGCAUGUGAAGAGGUUUUGCAGAGGUUGGAGGAGUGUGGCGAUUGGAGAGAGGAAGCUGAUGUUAUGAGAGAUGUUGUAACAGGUCUACAACAGCAAGGCAAACAGCUGAUGAUGGGUGCUGGAGAAUUACGAGCAGCCGAUAUUGAAAGAAAAUUAAUAAGCUUAAAGGAUAAAUCAGAAAAAUUAGAAGAUCAUUUGUGUCUAAGACGAAGGAAAUUAUAUGACACUGUAGCAGCUGUUCAACAACUCGAUAGUAGCAUGAGCAGAUUAAAGGAUUGGCUUUCCAAUGCGGAAAAAAGGCUAAGUACUCCACCAUCUUUCAGUAAACCAGACUCGGGCGAGUUACAUAAACAUCUUUUGGAACAUACUGAUACUCAAAGAGACUUAGAACGACACGCGGCUGGAAUAGCUGCAGUUUUGAACUUGUGUAGCGUCUUAAUGAAUGACACUGAUGCUUGUCCCACGGCUGCUGAAAUGCACUCUAUUCAAUCAGUUAAAACAUCCCUAGACAGUAGAUGGAGAAACUUAUGUGUUCUAAGCACUCAACGGCGAGUCAUGCUGGAACAAACAGGAAAAAAUUGGCAAGACUUCUCCUCAAAAUCAGAAGUUAUUUCAUCCUGGUUGAGAGAGGCUGAGCGUAUUCUUGCUGCUUGUAUUGAACCGACUUGUUUACACAAUUUAAAAGACUCAACUAGACGUGUGGAGGAGCUCCAAAACGAAUUACAUUCACAUUUAGCAGAUUUGGAUGCUCUAAACCGAACUUAUCGUCAGCUAGCUAGAGAUGGUCGGACAGAUAUUGGGCGAUCUCUUAAAUCUCAAGUAGAAGUUAUUAAUUCUCGUUGGGAUGAUGUUCAAUCUCAGUGCAAAACGGCAGUUAAACGCUUGCGAUAUCAAACUGCUAAUCAUGAAGAAUUUAAAUCUUGCAGGCAAUCACUAAUAGCCUGGUUACACACAGUGAAAGGCCGUGUUUCAAAUACUGUUGGAAGUCAAGAUCUAGACAUGCUCCAGGAUAUAUAUAGAGAACUUGAACAACAACAAGCUCAUAUUGAACAGUUAGAUACCAGUCUUCGUUCUCUGCUCGACGUUUGUCAACCAGCUGAUGGAGAACGUCUUAAAAGCUUAAGAGAUGAUGUUCACACUCUCUGCAAUAGAGUAUUUUCUCAGUUGCAAUCUGCAAGAAGCCAAGCCGCUACCGUUCCACCUUUAACCUUAGAAAUAGACUCUGAUCUCUCUGAUGAGGAAUCGAUAUCCGAUUCAGUAGAACUUGCUGAUCUGACGACUCGUAGUGAUGAUUAUAUGAGGCAAUAUGAACAAGCUCUGGAUUCAGUAACUUCAGCUAUUAGUGAUGCUGACACGAUAUUAAGAUCUCCAACUCCAAUAGGAGACGAAGCCUGCGAAGCAUAUAAUGAAGCAAUGGCCAGAUGUCGACAAGCGAGGGAUCAAUUAAGGAACAGAGAGGAAGAAUUACGAUUUGAAGUUGGCUUAGAAGAAAUGACCGGAGGAGUUCAUGCUCAAAUGGACGCUAUCAGAUCGAACUUGGAUACGAUGGGACGAGUUGCUGAGGACAAAACAGAAAGAGCUAGAAGAAAACGAGAUCAGUGGCGUCAGUUGGAAGAAGAUACGAGAAAACUUGACUCUUGGUUAGAUGAAAUUGAUGUGACACAAGAAACUACACCAACCGAUGUUGGGAGUAUAAAAUCAGCUAACAGAUCCCAUAGGGCUUUGCUAGAUUCUCUUGAGGCUAGAAAGCCUGUUUUACUAUCGUUGAACAUUCUGUCGGAAGAACUCAUAGAACAGGCCUCUCCGGAAGCCUCCAAACGUCUUAAAAAACGUCUUCUAGCUCUGAAUCAACGAUGGCAACAUGCUACUGAAAGAGCAAAACGCCGUCAGGGCCAAUUGCAAAUGGCUUUAGGAGAAAGUGCUGAUAUCCGUCGUCAAGUCAAUUCCCUAGUACAAUGGCUCCGAGGGGCUGAAGAAGGCGUUCACACCUGUAAGCCAAUUAGCGAAGACGACCAAUCAACUCUAACAGCAAAAUAUGGAAAAUUAAGACAUUUAAGGGAUGAUUUAGAGAGAACACAACCCAGAGUUCUUUCCUUGCAAGAUACCGUGGAACAACUGGCUGAAGGAAGUGAUGAUAUGGCUAACUGGCAAUUUAGAGAUCUAGUUGGUCGUCUGACGACUCUAUUGAGUCUAACAUCAACUUAUAUGUCCCGAAUUGAGAGAUCCCUAGAUUUACCGAGGAGUGCAAGAAGAUCAACAACUAGCGUAGCUCUUGAAAGACGCUACGGCAGCACUCCAGAUUUAUUACCAAGACACGUACGAAACUACUCUACGGAAGCAGAACCGACGCAACUACCAUUAGCCGAAGGCGCCCGCUUUGAACAUGUGUCAAGAUGGCGUCGAAUUAUAUACCGAUCCGUCCCUAUACAAAUUCUUUUAAUGACUUUAUUAGCAGCAUCAGCGCUAGUACCUAUAAUGGAUGAUGAAGAUUUUGCUUGUGUAUGGUCAGCGCUUGAAUCUGCCAUGGACUUACGUUUGCAAUGGCCGAACGGACAAGCGCCGUUUUAA